UGGGAUGCUGUAGGGACAUGUUAUCAAAUUAGUGAAACCUGGCGUUUUUGAAAGGGAAGAAGAGAGGGAGGGAGAGAGAGAGCAAGGAGUGUGUAUGUGUGAGAGAGAAUGGUCACAAGUUUUAGAUGAGUGUUUCCAUACUUGUCAACUGCAGAUGACAAAAGGACUGUCCCCUCAAGAGAUUAAAACAGACACACCGGACACCACUGGCAGCUGAGAUUAUUCUGGAGCAGAAGCAACCACUGAACAUGGAUCCCAUCUUCCUGCGGGUUUACGUGGUCCUGAGUUUACUGGUGCAUGGCGUAUCUUCUAGUCCCAUCAUGGGCUUGGAAGAUGAUUUGCCUUUAUAUGACGAAGUCCUCUCUGAACAGGAUGGGGUCGAUUUCAACUCCUUGCUGGAAACUAUGAAAGAUGACUUCCUGAAGACCUUAAACCUUUCCGGGAUCCCAGUGCAGGCACCUGUCAAAGUGGAGCCACCAGAGUACAUGCUGGAACUUUACAACAAGUUUGCAAUGGACAGAACCACAAUGCCUUCAGCCAACAUUAUACGCAGCUUCAAAAAUGAAGAUUUUUCCAUGCCAUACAGCGAUGUCCCAGAGGUGAAGAAAUACCCUCUGCUCUUCAAUGUGUCUAUUCCCCACCAUGAAGUCAUAGUAAUGGCUGAACUUAAGCUCUACAUAUUGGUUCCAAGGGACAGGGUGCCAUAUGAAGCAGUGAGCAGAAAGAUUACUGUUUAUGAAAUCCGCAGCAAUGAUAAAGGAGAGAGGAAAGUGGUGGAACUGGCCUCCAGGCUGGUAUACAAAACAGUCAGUGAAUGGGAAAUGUUUGACAUCACUGAGGGUGUACUUCGCUGGAGCAGAUCAGAAUUCACUACCCGCUUGCUGGAAGUUCACUUACAAAAUCCAGAUAUUGACCUCGAAGGUGCAGUGGAUUCAAAGCUGGACAUAGAUGUGCGACUAGAAACCAAGCAUGAACCCUUGCUGGUUGUUUUUUCAGAUGAUCAAAGCAGCGAAAAGAAAGAAGAAAAGGAGGAACUGAAUGAGAUGAUAAGCCAUGAACAGGAAGUAGGCCAAGAGAACUUAGAAUUUGGCAGGAUAGGUAACAUGCCAAGCGAGGAGUCCUUGCUGCAGAUGAGGUCUAACAUUAUCUAUGAUGCCAGUUCUCGCAUUCGAAGAAAUGCAAAGGGAAACACUUGCAGGAAGACCUCACUCUACAUCAAUUUCAAGGAAAUUGGUUGGGACUCAUGGAUCAUUGCUCCAGCAGGUUAUGAGGCUUAUGAGUGCCGAGGUGUUUGCUCCUAUCCCUUAACAGAAAAUGUCACGCCAACUAAACAUGCCAUUGUACAAACUCUGAUCCAUAUGAAAAACUCACAAAAGGCAUCUAAAGCUUGCUGUGUAGCAACCAAACUGGAUCCUAUUUCCAUCCUGUAUCUGGAUGCAGGAGUAGUUACUUACAAGUUCAAAUAUGAGGGCAUGGUAGUCUCAGAAUGUGGGUGCAGAUAGUAGUCUUUGGGAGAAGGUGGCUUCUUGUAAAUUUGUACAUUUUGUAUUUCCUUAUUUAAAGAGUUUAUUUAAGAUGUGUGUACAGUUAAUAUAUGUUUCUAGAGGUCUACUAUGAAGUGCAAAGCCUCCGCUUGGUCCCCUUACAGCUGUAAGGUGUCCUUAUGCCUUGCGGUCUAGAGUAUCCUUGGUUCUGUAAAAUCAACACUGCUGAUAAUUUCAUCUCUAAAUGGGACGUAACUGUAAUAUUUUUUGCCAAUGAAGCAAUGUGUCACUUUGAUAAGCAGAUUUAUUUGUAUAUCUUGUUGUGCUGUUUUUGCUGGCACAGUUCAUAGGAGUCCAGCAACAGGAACUGAGUCAUAAUCAUUUUGGAUCCCCCCAGAGAUCUUUCCCCUGACUAGAAAAACUUAGCCUCUCAUAUACGGGUCAGUAUGAAAGAUUUAUCUUCUUAACCAAAGAAAUCAAAAGCCACACAAUACAAUAAUGUCAUAUGGUGGAGGCAAAAGGAUUAUGUCUGCAUCCCGUUAGAUAAUUUAUUUUCACUGUUAGAGCUCAAGCACACAGCUGUACUAUGGCGCCAUAAUGUAGCUGUCAUAUAGGUGUAUGAGGCCACUAUAGGCGUCUGAUUUCAUACAGACACAUUAAAGUCUCUGAGAUUCUGUAUGACUCCAUCAGAAAAAUAAAUAUGGCAUGUUUCGUCGGACUGUACAAAGGAAUCAUUUCCUAAAAGCUUUGUGAUAGUGUUCAUGAGUCCUAAGGUAAUAUCGAGACUUGUGGCUUAGGAUAGUUUCAGACUAGCAUUAUGAGUUCCGGCAGAAUGUUCCUACUAGCCUGCCGGACCUCUCUGGAUGUGGCACUGCACACAGAUGUUUUUGUCCGGCCAAAUCCUGUCAUAUUUACUCUCUGCAGGUCCCCAUGAUAGUCAAUGGAACUGGCGGGCAAUGCGUUAACAUCUGCCAAUGCCGGAUCCAGAGAGCUCUGGAAGGCUGUUCUCUGCCAGAACUCAUAACCUUGUUGUGUAAAAAGUCUUAGGCGUAAUAAUUAUUAUUUUUUAUCCAGAAUUUUCCCUAUUCAUAUCAAAUACUUCCUACUCACACUGGCUUACUUUAGGCCUGUAAAGGCUAACCUCCGGCACUCCAGCUGUGGUAACACUAAAACUCCCAAGAUGCAGACUUGCUUGACUUUUUUCAGAACUCCAAAGAAAUGAAUGGAGCAUGCUGGGAGAUGUAGUUUCACCACAGCUGGCGUGCCA